UGAGUUGUGAUGAAAAUGAAGACAUGGGUUAUGCAUGGUUUAUCAGCCGAGGUGCAGAAAUGUGUGAUGUCAGCGAGGGUGUCUCUUCAUUACCCAAUUCGGCUACUCUUCACAAGUUGAUCUAUCCAACCGAAACAGGAGGUAAAUUUGUAUUGGAACAGAUUAAGAAGUACAAGCACGAAGAUUACCACGCCAAUUCAUGGUUAGUCAAGGUUACUUCUAAUGGGCGAUAUCUUUUGGCACCUACAAUCUACGGCCAGAUCUUUGUAUUCAACAUGUUCCAUGGUCAGUUGACAGCUAUUCUAAAAGAUCAUGAAGAUGUUGAGGUCCGUGAUGUAAUAUUUCACCCAUACCGUCCUUUGAUUUUCUCAAGUGGUGAUGAUGGUUGUGUCAAGGUCUACAGCUAUAAAAAUCUAGUGACAGAUGAUAUUGAAGCUGAUCUGCUUGUUGGAAAGGACAGUACAUGAUGAAUAAUAAGAUUAAGAUUAAGACAACAUAGAAUUCUUUCUUGUCAAAAACGUUACUUUUAGGCUUGUUUGUGUAUGUUUAUAUACAUAAACAUAAUAUACAUAUGCAUAUACGUAUACAUAUACAUAUACAUAUACAUAUACAUAUACCUAUACAUAUAGACGUAUACAUACGCAUAUACAUGCACAUGUACAUGUACAUACAUAUAUAAUAAUAUUAAAACCAGAUAUUAAAACAUGCUGCUU